GGGAAAACACCGGUCACAACUCAUCCUCUAGAUGAGGAGUUGGGAGGCCACUGCCGUGCCCUGUCAGUCGAGCUGAACUCAAAAACAACCGUCAACUAGGCGACUGUCAAAUGCGCCACGUAUCCGGAUUAUCGAUCAAACAGCGGCAGCGACUUUACGCCACUUUCUGGGUCUCCGUUUCGUCGCAGACACAUAUUGGAUUUCAAAGUCUGCGGAACGGAAUCUUAACAGCGCUGCAAUUGCGGCAUACUUGGUAGUUAUUACCCAAAAGGUUAUCUCUAGCAGAGGACGACCAUGGAUGACCGCACCAUAGACUCGAUUUUCCUGGGCUCCCUGGAGUCCCUGCCGCCGGUUAGCUCGAAAAUCGUGCGCAUCUUUACCAGCUCCACAUUUACGGAUACCACCAUGGAGCGUAACACACUGAUGGCUAAGUGCUAUCCGCGCAUCAAGGACUACUGCCGGGAGAAGCACGGCCUGGAGUUUCAGGUGGUGGACAUGCGUUGGGGAGUGCGUGACGAGGCCACCGACGAUCACAUGACCACAGAGCUCUGCAUGCGGGAGAUUAAAAAUUGCCAGCGCCUUUCGAUGGGUCCUAACUUCAUUGUGUUUCUGGGCCAGAAGUACGGCUACCGACCCAUACCCACAUACAUUGUGUCCUCGGAACUGGCGCUCAUCUGCGAGGAGCUGACUUCAAUGGGGGUGGACCGUGCCCUUUUGGAUUUGUGGUACAAAAAGGACAGCAAUGCCGUGCCUCCCAUAUCGGUGUUGCAACCAAUUUCCUCCAUUUUGAUUAAUUUCAAUAAUAAGAGAGUACCCAAACUCCAGGCGGAGGACCAAGCAGUGUGGUGGGACACCCUCAACAAAAUGCAGAAGCUCCUGCGAAAGGCGGCUGCCUCGCUUGGGGCCAGCAACAAGAUGUCCAAGGACGACGUGCACAACUAUUUCAUGUCGGUGACCGAGCGGGAGGUGAUCAAUGGAAUCUUGAAUGUGAAGAACACAAAGAAUCACUGUCUGGCAUAUGUGCGGUACAUCAACAACAUUAACCUGCAGAAUCUGAAGAAGGCCUCCCUCUUCGUGGACAUCAUUAAUCGCAGUCUCGACACCGAAUCGGCCAAGCUACUGGGAGACCUUAGGGACACACGGCUGCCGGCCAAGAUUGAGGCGAGCAACGCCCAGAAAUAUACGGUGGAGUGGAUCGGACGGGAGGGCCUGGACAUUGAGACGCAUGAGGAGUACCUGAAUCAUUUCAUCUCACACUUCUAUAAGAACGUGGUGAAGCUAGUCGAUAGGGCGAUGCGCAAAGAGGACUCCAGUGCACAGGGGCAGAUAGUAACUGAGAUCCUUCAGCAUUUGCAUGCUUGCAACAAUUCGGUGAAGAUAUUCUACGGACGCGAAGAAAGUUGCGAACGUAUCAAGCGCUAUAUGCUGGGGGAUUCAGAUAAGCCACUUGUCCUUUUCGGCGACGGAGGCUGCGGCAAGACCUCGCUCCUCUCCAAGAGCGCUUCCCUCGUGGCCACCGAGUGGUUCGUCCACGCCCGGCCCAUCAAUGUCAUCCGUUUCCUGGGCACCACGCCGGACUCCAGUGCCUUGACGGCCACCCUGAUUUCCAUUUGCCAGCAGAUAUCUUACAACUACAUGCUACCCUUCGAGAACAUACCCGAUGAUCUUGUCCCCUUAACAGCACACUUUAAGCAAUUACUAACUUACGCCAGCCCCACCCAGCCACUGACCCUGUACCUCGACUCAGUCGACCAGCUGACGGGCACCCAAGACUCGAACAAGGUAUCCUGGAUACCCACACGCCUGCCGCCGCACUGCAAGAUCAUCAUCUCGUGCGCCAAUGAGCCGGCGAAUCCAACGGUCUCCCACGAGUACCAUGUCCUGUGCAAGAUGAUCGACGUGGAGGAGAACUUCAUUGAGGUGACGGCCUUGGGCGAGGAGCUGGCGAUGAACGUGAUCAAGAUGUGGAUGAAGACGGCGUGCCGGGAUCUGAACAACUACCAGUGGCGUCUUGUGGCGAAUGCCAUCAGCAAGUGCUCCCUGCCCAUAUUCGUGAAGCUCGUCUUUGCCGAGAUCUGCCGCUGGCGUAGCUACACGCGUCCCCAGGAGACGCACCUGGCCAACACGGUCAUGGACUCCAUUAUGCUGCUGUUCGAGCGGGUGGAGAAGCAGCACGGCCGCAUCCUGGUCUUCCAUGCUCUGGCCUAUAUCACUGCUUCUAAGUCUGGGCUAUCCGAGAGCGAGCUGGAGGAUCUCAUUUCAUUGGAUGACAAGGUGCUGGACGACGUCUAUCAGUACCACAUGCCUCCGGUGCGGCGUAUUCCUCCCCUGCUCUGGACCCGUAUCCGCAAUGAUCUGCCCAACUAUCUGAGUGAACGCGAGGCGGACGGGGUGAACGUGAUGAACUGGUACCAUCGCCAGUUUCGGGACACCGCCAAGGAGCGCUACUUCAAGAACAUGAACAUGGCCAUUUACUUCCACUCCAUGAUUGCAGAUUAUUAUCUUGGCAUUUGGGGUGGUGGAGUGCCCAAGCCCUUCAAGUUUACGGAGAUUCAGCGGCAUCGCUUCGGCUUGGCGGACAAGGAGGGCUCCGCUGAUCGUAAAGUGCCCAUCCAACCGCUGGUAUUUACUAGCAAGGAUGGCCUCUCCAAAAGAUAUAAUCUACGGAAGUUUGGUGAGCUUCCUUUCCAUUUUGUCCGCUCUCGCCGGUUCAAGGAUCUCUUCGAGCAUGUCCUCUUCAACUACGACUGGCUUCACGCCAAGCUGUCCAGCUGUCCUUUGCAGGCAGUCCUAGCCGACUUCGAGGAUGCCUCUACCAAUACGGAUGACAAGGAGGCCAAAAGAGAACUAAUGCUGGUAGCGGAUGCCCUGCGCUUGGGUGGCGCUAUCCUGGCCAUUUACCCAAAUAUGUUGGCACCCCAGCUCAUUGGUCGCUUGCUGCCCGAGAUCGGGGGUAAUCCGAAUAUAAAGAUGUUGCUGCGGGCUUGCGAUCGCUGUGGUCCCAAGGAUUGUGCCCUCAUUCCGGUUAAUCAUUGCCUUCAUACACCAGGAGGUCCUUUGAAGUACUCCUUGGAGGGUCACCAAUUUGCAGUCUUCGCCUUUUGCCUCACCAGCGACAUGCGCUACAUGGUCUCCAUUUCCACGCACUUCAUCACCUUCGACUUGUCCACCUCGGAUCUGACUCGGGAUGUGAAUCCUGGCAUCGAAGGCAUCAUGCAACAGCUCGUCCUGAGCCCGGACAACAAGUGGGCCGCCGCCUACUCCAACAACAACCAGACAGUGCUCCUCAACAUGCUCUCCAGCGAGUUUGUGGUGAUCAACAGUCCUUUCGAGGAGUCCCAUGGACCAGUCAGCGGACUCUAUCUUCUCAAUCAAAACCUAUUUAUCACUUGCAAACUACGAUGGGCUCAGUUCGAUAUGCGUGGGAACCUGGUGGACACCUUUGAGGUGCCUGGCGAUAACAACGAUUGGGAGAUUCUGAAUAUGGAAUUCUUCACCCCAACGGACUACAAUGUCGUAUUCUGGUCGGGAUCCAUCAAUGAAAUGCGCCUGAGACUGGACUCGUGUCGUGGUAGCAACUACUCCAAUUCUCAGAAAUUCUUUAGCGCCAUGGUGAUGAACAAGGGACGGACCCGAGCAUAUGGCUGUGCCAACGAGGAGAACUUUGAGGUAUCGGUCUUCGACUUCAUCGAAGAUGCGGAAACCGGCGAGAUUCGCUGGAGUUUGGUGGAGAACCUGCCGCGAUUCGAGAACGACGACAAGGAGAUGCUCCUGCAACUGCGGCUGGACCAGCACGACCGUAUGCUGCUGGGAACGGCUGGGAAGGGUUUCGUUAUCUGGGACUUCGGUGGUCGCAAAAAGGAUUCGGAGGUGGAGUCGCGUCUUACGGACAUUGCAUUGUAUCUGCCGCUGCCCCACGGAGUGCGCAACAUUACCACCCGCAUUAUGCAGUCCAACUCCAUCAUGGUCAGCUCCCGAUUGGAUUACGCCGUGGCCGGAGUGCGCAAAAAUCUGUACGUGUGGUGCCUCAGCUCCGGGCAGCUGGCCAAGGUGCUGGACGCCCACUUUGGCCGCAUCAUCCAGCUGGAGCCGUUGACGAUUGGAAACUGGAACAACCUGGUCACCUCCUCCAUCGAUCGAUCGGUGAAGGUGUGGAACAUAAACAAUAUCUUCGAAAAGGUGCACGUCAUCGACCGGCAUGAGCUGCAGAUCGAUGAUAUCAGUCUCUCGGAGGUGGACAUGGCGGUCACAGUCACUAGAAGCUGUGUGGGAGUCUGGGAGACACGUUCCGGCCGUCUGCUGGCCAAGCUGGCCGACAGUCCUUUGGGCGCCAUUGUCACCCACGCAGAAAUCACACCGGACGGACGUUACAUCAUAUCCUCGGAGACCGGAAAGUUCCUCAUCUGGAAUCGUGUCUCCGAACAGGUGGUCUACAGAGACGACCAGCCCGGAAUCCAGCAGAUAACGCUCAUGGACUACGGAUAUAAGGUGCUCACCGUUUCCGUUCCGAACAUCAAUCAGCGGGAUAUCCUGGCGGCAGCUGCCGGAGGAGCAGGAGAUGAAGCCAAUCGACUUACAGCCAUUACAACGAUGAGAUCUGUGCCAGAGGGCCAAAUCCUCUUCCGAUUUGACUUUCCCAUCCGGAUGAUCACGGGCAUGCCCUUCCGGCAAUCUGUGAUUACGGCAGACAACGCAUACAUUGUGGUGGUGACAGUGGACAAGUCCAACAAGGACUGCCUGGGCGUGUACAGCGCCGCGAACGGAGCUUUCGUGUCCAAGAUCCUGCUGAAGGGAUGCUCCAUUAAGGAGGUGAUCUCUCUUGUCCCUAUGCCGCACAAGGCCAACCAGGUGGCGGUGAUUAGCAGCGAGAAGGGCAGCGUUAUGGACAUCAAAACCAAGAAGCACGUGCGCUCCGUUCCUAAGUGGGGCGGCAGCAUCACUCGGGAUGGAAAGUGCGGUCUGUAUGCUCCGACGCGGGGCGGUCUGGAGAUGCUGGAACUGCGGAAGGGAACCACUGUGAAGACCUUCAUUCCCAAGGUGGCGGAAGGCGUGUUCUCGGUGAUCUGCAUCUUUACGGAAAACGACGAGUAUGUGGCCUAUUAUCAUAGCGGACGGAAGACCAUUCGAGUCUUCCGCACCGGUGACACCGAGAUGAUAGCCAACUACAGGCUGCAGGCCGAACUGACGGCGAUCAAGAGCAGCAAGGACGGGCGGGCAAUUGUCCUGGGAACUGUGGACGGAUGCAUGUCGGUGCUGGCCAUAGUGGAUCCCAAAAAGGAGGAGAUGAUCGAGUACCUCAACGACUUGCCGUCGCGAGACGAGAACUGGAAGGCCAAACUGGCCAAGAUGAAGGCUCGCGUCGGCUUCAAGGCAGCCAUUCGUGUGGCCACCAUCUCAUCGCGCUACUCCAAGACCUCCAAGGGCGGCGAGGACGGAGAGGAUGACGAGCUGCUCACUGAAAUCACGGAGGAUGUGGUGCCAGUGGCCGAUUAAAAAGAAAGGCAAGGAUGGCUGAAUUAUAAAUAUAACAUUUAUUUUCGCAUAUAGUUCAUGAGGAUGUUACAAAAAUACGCUCGCGUGUCCUAUGUGUUUGUUAUCCAGCGUGUCCUGCGUGCCAGCUGCUUAAAAAUCAGUGUAUAUUUGUGAGGAUGUGUGAGUGGGUGUGGUGUGUUUGGGAGGGAUGUGUGAAGAUAAAACUGAACGGGUCUUACUGAACUAAAAAAAAGUUAAAGGGUAACUGCUAUUUGGUAAAAACUACUGUUAGCUAAUACGAGUAUAAAUUAGAGUUUUUAGCGCGCACUGAGCCCCACGCUUGGCUUGAAACAAUUUGAGGCGUGUUGAGUGUGGAAAACAUAACCAGACAUAACAAGAACCGAUCCUAGCGGUGCAGAGAGCGAUGCAAAACACAAACCAUUAACACUCUGCUGCUGAUAAUUCACUGAUAACUGAUAAUUUAAACUAACAAGCGAUCUAAAAUGGAACCCGGUCGCAGUUACAGUCACAGUCACAGUCACAAUUACAGGGUAAAUCAGGAUCUAAAUCUCAAUCUCAGCUCGGCCAAUCGAGUCAAUUCAAAUUGAAUCGC